AUUACAGUUUCUAUGUUCAUUAAUUAGCUUGAUAACUCAGCUUUUUGCUGAUGUGGCAUAGAAAUUAUUGAAGAGAGAGGGUGCUAGAUGUAGAAAUGAUUUCUACAUGAAGGAACCAUGUCUACGCUAGGAACGAGGCCGGUCGAAACCACCAAAUCGCCACUGUGGAGAAACAACUCGUUUCUAGGCUCAUUCAUCCCGAUCCACUGCGCCCACCGCCGUGGCGAUGCCGCACGCGUGCUCGCGCCCUUCCCCCGCGCUCCGCUCCGAUUUCCCGCACGAUGGCCUCUCCUCCCCUGCAAGCGCGCUCUUUUCUCCGAUUCCUCUGGCGCUCGCUCACCACCAUCCCACCAGCAAGCCUUAAAGACUCGGUCUCCAAACCCUAUCCCAAAUCCUUGCUUCAUCCGGUCCCAAUCCAUCCCCAUUUUCUUCAACCAUGAAUCCCCUCCGUCUGCCAUCUUCAAGCUCCAAGCAAAUCGAGGCAGGGCAAGGCAGGUUAGGGUAGGGCCGGGCAAGGCAAGCGUGCUUCCAUGGCUCUUGAUGCCCGAUUUGCUUCGGUCGCUGCUACUCCCGCUGCCCCUGCUGAUGGAUCGACUUUGGCCACCGGUGAACCCAUCGCCCAAGCAGCAACAACAUCUCCAGCACCUGCAAGUCUUGAAGCCGCGGGAUUUCCUGCGUGGUGGAGAAGUUCAUCUCCGCUUGGCUCAAGUGACGGGUAAAUAAACCUGAUGGCUUCUGGAUGACUGCUGGACCUACUUGAGAUGAUGCCGUGCAAACCUGAUGGUUGCACCUUAUAUUAUUUUAUAUACUAUAAUAUAUCAUGAACUUUAGUUAUUCUCUUGCCCAACUAUAUGAAAUCUCCUGAUGUAUGAUGCCAUCUGUUAUCUUUAUCUAUAAAUUUGUGUGUAUUGAACUAUGUGGUAUCUAUUAUCUUUAUAUCUAAAUUCUGUUCUAAACUAUGUGUGUUCUGGAAAGCAUAUUUGAUUUCUUUCUUUGCCAUCGUCUGGACUAUGUGUGUUCUGGGAAGCAUAUUUGAACAAUCACUACGGGAAACACUAGAUUUGCCUAGAGCUUUGAAGUUUGCCGAGUGCAUCCUAUCGGGCUCUCGGCAAACACGAAAUUUGCCAACAGUCACUCUCGGUGAACAAAUACUCUCGGCAAAUAGGUCUUUGCACGUGGUGGCACUCGCCAUGUCAGGGGCACGUGGUGGCACUCGCCAUGUCAACAGCAUCCUAGGUCUCUUGUGCAGGGAACACUUCCCUGGAAUUGUCAAGUUCGCGGGGAAGGAGGAGCCGGCCUACACGUUUGCUCACUACGCGGCCGCCACCGACACGCAAGAAGGCAAUGUGGCCAAUAGGGUUAUCAAGGAGUUCUGGCGCCACUUCAAACUAGAGGAUGGAAUUGACCAAGACUAUGCCGACACCGUGGUUGCCGCGUCUGCAAGGAUGCGCGUCAAUGAGAUGCACUACGACGUGCGCGUCCAGACCGUCAUCAACUACUAUGCGACGAGGCUUGGACAGAGGAAGACCAAGGUGGAGGCAAGGGAAAUAGAUUUGACCCGUGAGCAGUACAUGGAUGAAGAGAUGAGGGCCUGGUGGUGCGCUAACUGUCCUGACGCCUGGGAGGCGAUGGUGGACAAGUGGCUGGACCCCGUGUUUCGUGAGGCGCACAGGGCGGCCCAGGAAAGGCGUCGACGUAUGCCUGAUGUAGCACACCAUCAGGGGAACCGCAGCCUCUCUGGAUACGCACAAGCAUGGUCGGCGGCACACGGGGGACAGCCUUGCUCCUUGUUCACCGCAUAUGGCAUGUCCCACAAGGGCCCGGCGUCGUCUGACGUCUCCUUCAGCGUGGACGACCCGCCCCAGGCGUACACCAACGCGGGCGUCUACGACAAGGUCACCGCCUACGCGUAGGCAGCAAGGCAGGUCCAUGGCCCGGACUACGAUCCAUCCACCGAUGACAUUGAUGGAGACCUUGUCAUGAGGAUAGGAGGCGGCAAGAAGCAUCGGCGCUACUGGAUUGGCAACAGCGUCAUCGACAGGUCGACUACUCCCACCCUCUCCUAGAUCCGAGCAUCGAAUACGAGCGUGAGCAACCGCCCACCCGUACGCCCACGGCCGGAGCCGGCACAGCACCGGGUCGACGCACUCCAGGCUGAGCUCGAAGCAUCAAGGGUCGAGCAGCAAAGGAUGGCCGAGCGGUUAGAGGCUCAAGAGCGCCAGCGAGAGGCCGACCAGCUUGCCCAUCAGCAACAGAUGGCAGAAAUGAUAGCGUUCCUACAGUCGGUUGGGGCCCAAACAGGUGUAGCCCUUCCAGCUACGCUACUGGCUCCACGGCCACCCUCUCAUGUAUUUACUACUCCUAUUAAUACUCCUCCUCCGUCAGCGGGUUCAAACGCGGCACCUGGCAUUUCUCCAACACCUGACAUCUCGCCGACACCUCCAGAUGAUGGCUCUCCUGCGCUACGCGGCCAAGGUGUCCCUCGUAUCAAUUGGGGGCCUUCACAGUGAGUCAGGUCGACUUAGCUUGAGAUGCAGUUAGUUUGGAGUAUGUGGACUAUGUGGUGAUGGAUUUAUUUUGUUUAAACAUGUGAACUUUGUGGAAUGUGGUUAUUGAACAUGUUGGAGUUAGUUUGGAUGUAUGUGACUUUAGUUUGGAGUAUUUGAACUUGUUACGAUGGACAAAGUGAUGGAAAUAAUCAUUUAUGUGGUAUAUAUUGCCAUC